GACAGGCGUGAUAAUAUUAUUGACUUUUUUUUUUAGAUAUUAAUUUAUUAAUUUAUGCUUUCACAUUAUUACUAUAAGAUAUUACACAGAUUUUUGUCAAAACGUUUGUUGUGAUCGAUUACAAUCAUGCAUGAGUGUACGUUCGAAUCGAUAGUUGUCUAACGUUCACGAUUACAUACUCGCCGGGUUCAAUCAUGGCUACCGGAACAACUAGAAAUAAGGUGGCACUUGCACCUGGACAUUCUCUGAUGGAUUGGAUUCGUUUAGGCAACUCUGGAAAUGACUUGACUGGAGUUGGAGGUAAAAUUUUAUCCAUUACAAAAUCAGAAUUAGCAAAACACAAUAAGCGAACAGAUGCCUGGUUGGCUAUCCGUGGAACAGUUUACAAUGUCACUCAGUACAUGGACUUCCAUCCUGGUGGUGUUGAUGAAUUAGUUAGAGGAAUCGGCACAGAUGCUACUAAAUUAUUUUCAGAGAUACAUGCUUGGGUGAAUUAUGAAUCAAUACUUCAAAAGUGUGUGGUUGGCCGAUUAGUGAAUGAAGAAUUAUUUAAAUUGCCUGGUAUUUUGAAAGCAGCUACAGAUGAUACCGAAAAUGAAUUGAACAUGGAUUGGUUUCAACAACUUGGCUUCUUAUGUUUUGUAUUUUAUACUAAAACACCAUAUCCUGAGGUAUCUAUUACUUUAAAACAACCCAAUGAAUUUUGUUUUUCAUUGAAUGGAAAAACAAGAUGUAUCAAUUUGCAUAAAAAUGUCAAUUGGCCUUGUAUUGUAAAAAUUGUAGCAGACAUUGGAAAAGUUCAAGUUAAACUGAUAAAAAAAGUACUUGGACUAUGGCCUACAUUUGGAACCCUAUCAACAACUAGAAAUAUUCAAGUUGAUUAUUGGAAAUGCGAGUUACUUAAUUCGUUUGAUGUCACACAUAAUGCUAAAUUUUUAAUAUUUAAGUAUCAACAAAAUUUGUACAACCAUGUCUAUCCUGGUCGACAUAUUUAUGUUAAAGCUUAUGUGAACGGUCAAGUUGUGUCUCGUCCUUAUACUCCAGUUUGGCCUUUAGUUGAAACAACAGAGUAUGGAAAAAUCUCAGAGGACACUUUAUGUUUGCUAGUUAAAAGUUAUCCAAAUGGAAAAUUAAGUAGAUAUUUAUGUUCUUUAAACCAAGGAGAUUCAAUUGAAGUCAGCCGCCCACAAGGUAGUUUUGAGUGUUGGACAUCAAAAACAAACCUAAUUUUAUUGGCUGCUGGUACUGGAAUUACGCCAAUGUUACCAAUAAUAUGGAAUGCUUUGCAUUCUUCUAUUAAAAAGUAUAAUAUCACAUUAUUGUAUUUCAACAAAAAAGAAACAUGCAUAAUUUGGAAAAACUUUUUAGAUCAAAAAAGUGCAGCUUACUUAUCAAGACUGACUGUACAUUACAUUUUAUCAGAAGAGGAAAACUCCAAGGAUGAUUCAAAAGGGCAUAUUGAUGAAAGUGUAAUCACUAGGUAUUUUCCUUCAUUACAUAAAGAUUCAAUAAAUGAAUAUGCAGUAUGCAUUUGUGGCCCACCGGGCUUCAAUAAACUGUGUGAAAAGUUAAUUGUCCAGCAAGGUUACAAAAAAGAUGAUUAUUUUGUAUUUGGUUAAUAUUUUUUUGUAUGUGUUUUUUUUUUUUUAAUACAAAUA